AUGAAUGACCAAAGGUUUGCUAGUCUAGAACUUAAGUUGGGACAAAUCUAUAAUGCUCUAAGUGAGAGGGAAAAGGGUAACCUCCCUAGUCAACCUCAGCAAAAUCUGAAAGUCACAUUUCAGGAAAGUACAUCUAAUUGUAAUGAGACUACACAUGCUGUCACCACUCUUCGUAGUGGUAAAAUUGUUGAUAACAAUAUAGGCGUACCACAGACUAGUGAGUCUGAAUCAGACUCAUCAUUGCAUACAACGCCACAUAAAUCAUCCAUUGUAGAAAGUGACUCUGAGCAUGUUUGUAAAUCUAAAAAUUCUGCUGAUGUUAAUGUUUCUUUGCCAGCUAAUGUUCCUGUUGCUCCAUUUCCUCAAAGGUUGGUGAAGCAGAAGAAAGGUACCCAUUACAAUGAGAUGUUAGAGAUGUUCAAACGAGUUAACAUCAACAUCCCAUUUAUUGAAGCAAUAAAGCAGAUCCCUGCUUACGCUAAGUUCUUGAAAGAUCUGUGCACACAAAAGCGAAAGCUUAAUGUGCAUAAGCGUGCCUUUCUUGCUGAACAUUUGGGUCUUGGAGAGUUAAAACCAACACCUAUAACUCUGCAAUUAGCCGACAGAUCCAUCAAAGUGCCACGUGGUGUGGUAGAAGAUGUUCUAAUCAAGGGUUCGCUGUCUAGUAGCAUGUUUGUUGACCCUUUGCAUGCUUGUUUGAAUAAUUUUAACUUGGAUCUAUUUGAUGAUGAAUACAUAAGUGAAGUGAAUUCUUUGCUUGAAUAUGCACCUCUCAUGGACACCAUCAAAUGGAAAGUUAUAGUGGAGCCACUUCCACUCUCUGAAUCCAUGUCUGUCCCGUCUCUUGUUGAGCCACCAAAGCUCGAACUGAAAACAUUGCAUAAACUAGGAAGUAUUUCCAAGAGAAACAUGAUGCCAUUGCACCCUAUUUUGAUUGUUGAACUGUUUGAUGUUUGGGGAAUUGAUUUCAUGGGUCUGUUUCCCAAUUCUGAAGGUACCCAACGGAAACUCCACCUCAACGAGUUGGAAGAAUUAAGGAGUGAUGCUUAUGACAGUGCAAAGAUGUACAAAGAUAGAAUGAAGGUGUUCCAUGACAAGCGCAUUUUGCGCAAGUCAUUCACACCUGGCCAGAAAGUUUUAUUGUACAACUCACGUUUGCAUAUUUUUCUAGGUAAAUUGCAUUAUAGAUGGACAGGCCCAUUCAUGGUGCGAACAAUAUUCCCUCAUGGAGCUGUAGAAAUCGAAGAUGUAGCAGCUAAGAACGUCUUCAAGGUCAAUGGGAAGAGACUGAAGCCAUUCCUUGAACCAAUCCCACCUGAAAUUGAGACAACUGAUCUGGAGGAUCCUGUCUAUCUGGAUUGA